AUGGGUGGCAACAACCGAGAAGGCAAGUCCCUACCUCUCCGCGGCAAGGCCAAGCCCCUCAAGGCGGCCAAGAAGGCCAACAAGGAGCUCGACGAAGAUGACCUGGCCUUCCUCGAGAAGAAGCGUGCCGAGGAGAAGGCUCGCAAGGAGAUGGCGUCCAAGGCUGGCGGCAAGGGCCCCCUCAACACGGGUGCUCAGGGCAUCAAGAAGAGCGGGAAGAAGUAA